AUGUCCUAUUGCGAUCUCUGCAAUGGUCUUACGAUCGAAGAGCUGUUCCCGCCUAGUAUCUACCGUCACGCAAAAUCACUUGCUGCCCUCAAGCAAUCAAGCCAGAAUUGCAGCCUGUGUAUGUUGCUCUAUCGUUGUAUCACUGCGUCAGGGUCCGAAUACUCUGAAUAUAAUCCCCAGCCGCUGGGCGAUCAUUCAAACCUCCCACGGCUAGUCGGGUAUCUUGUUGGUCAGCCCGCCUGUGACGUAGGUGUGUUCAAUGAUAGCACGAAAGACGAAGAUGCAACCGUAGCACGAGAGGACAUUCAAAGUUGCGACGAUGACAGCAUCCGCGACGAAGAUAGCACGAGCGACGUAGGGGCUUACGGUGGAGAUAGCGAAGGUACUACGAGCGACGAUGUCUGUGUCAAGCUUCAGAUCAUUGAAGAAACUGAGCGCCACAGCUCGUCCAUCAACCUUGACGGCUUCACGCACAUAGGUGUCUGGAUCAAACCAAAGCGGAUGUUGACGAGCUUAACAUUGGCCGUGCAAGAGGCAUUCACUCGGGACGGUCGCGAUAGGUUUAUCUCUGGGCGUGUUCUCACGAGUGAAUACCCACCCGAUGCCUACUUUCAGGUCAUCCAACGUUGGUUCAAGACUUGCGAGCAUGCACACUCGAAUUGUGGCAGUGAUUCGACACCUGACUCCAAACUGCCCGAUAGAGUCAUCGAUGUGGCUCUUCUCGGCGGACAUCCACGCCUAGUUGAUGGGAGUGGGCUGACUUCUCGAUAUGCGACACUGAGUCACUGUUGGGGAAGGGUUAUACCUGGCAUGAGAACCCUGGUCUGCAACCUGGAACAGAGAAAAAUCCGUAUGCACUUGGAAGAAUUUCCAAAAACCUUCCGUGAAGCCAUAACCAUAUGUCGACAAUUGAUGAUACCCUAUCUCUGGAUUGACAGCAUUUGUAUCGUCCAAGACUCUCUUGAGGACUGGGAGACACAAUCAAGCAAGAUGCAUUCGAUCUACCACGAUAGUACCAUUACGUUAGCGGCUUUGGAUGCCACCAACUCGUCAGAAGGAUUGUUCCUGCCGAAGCGCCCAUUCAUCGAUGUUUUCCCGCUUGCUUACCCCUUUGGAGGCGAUAUUGGUCAGGCAUACGUCGGGGUUCCUACUUGGAAUAAAUUCACCCACUGUCCCUUGCCGACUUACGACAAACUCCAGUUCCACACCCAAAUACUGCAGAACCUAUUUGGCAACAUUGCAUACAUCAAGUCAGGUCUACUGGAUACUCGAGCAUGGGCUAUGCAAGAGAUGCGACUAUCCCGUCGCUUACUGUAUUUCUUCCACGGCGAAGUGAUGUGGAGGUGUACCGAAGGAAUUUGGCGUCAGAACGGCUGCCGCCAGUCUCCAAAGAAGACGCACCACCUGCAUACAGCACUUGCAAAGUAUGAAAAAGAACUUAAACUUGUCCGGAAGACGGCGGAGUUUGAUCGUAUGAUGUCAGGUUGCCAGGAACAGUCGGCCACGUCAAGCGUCGGUGGUGAUAACGAGUCCGAGGGCCGUGCCGGAGACACGAAGGGCGAAAGUCCUGAGAGCUGCAGUCAUGUAAAUAGUACUGCGGCCGAGGAUCAGAAUGAAGUCCCAGCAGCUUUGAUCGGAGCAAGAAGGUUGCCUAAGGGCGGUAAUGACUUGACUGACAGCGAAGAUGAUUCCGAAUUGGAGGACGCCCUUACCGGAAUUUCCCAUCUAACAGAGUCGGAUUUCAGUGGACUACUGGAGUCAGAAGUAAUCAGUAUCCAGAAGACUUGGUAUGACCUUGUCGAUGAUUACAGCUCAUGUCAGUUGACAUUUGCGGAAGACAAAUUACCGGCCUUGUCUGGUAUGGCUUCUCGCUUCCAUGCCAUUACCAGAGACCAGUAUAUUGCGGGCCACUGGAAGACUGACAUUGAGAAAUCGUUGUUCUGGGGCUCCUACCAGGGUGGCUUUCGAGUGAAGCCUUAUAGAGCUCCCACCUGGAGCUGGGCGAGUAUGGACGGUAUAAUUAAAUGGGUCGAGGACGAGGAAUUCCUGACGGGAGAAAACAGUGCCCAAGAUCACUUUCGAAUAUUAGACGCUUGCGUUCAGGUCGUUGGCAAAAAUCCUUUUGGGCGUGUCAUGUCUGGCAAGCUUGUGAUCAGAGCUAGUUCCAUGGAAGCCCAUUGGAACUCUGAUCGGCGAGGCUGGAUAUCAUCAAGCAGCCCUUGCCCUUAUAAGGGGUAUGCUGAUCAAAGGCUAGCGAUCCUCGACUACAAUGGUGGUCGAAUAGGCUGUUGGAACUACGACGAGAAAUUUCAACGCAACCGAACCUGA